AUGACUUAUAGCAUGAGUGCAGAAAAUGUAAGGCUUUGUCGUGGUGUCAAACGGCGUGGGCCAGACGAUACACAGGAUGAAUUGCUUGUGUUUGGCUACGCAUCACGAAUAUACGUAAACGAUGAUCGUGCCGAAUGGGUUGCAGAAGAACGACAUCUGAUAACACAUCCGGCAGAUUCGCAGUUACUGAUUGAUAGGUAUGACUGUCGCUUACAUCUUUCAAGUACAGAAGCAUUAGAUAUUGCAUGUAUUACUGGCGAAGGUUAUAGUCUACGUGGGAUUGGAUAUGACUGUCCUGCAGAAUUACUCGAAGAGGAAAUGUGUGAAGAAGAGCGAUAUAAAGAUAUGCAUGAAGAUAUAAAGAGACUUGAACAGGAAGAGGAAGAAAAGCGAAAGCGUGCCGAGAUUGCAUUUAAUUAUGAUGAAAAUUGUAAAGAAGCAACUAGUAGUAGUGAAGAAGAAAUUGAUGAACCAUUUCAACCUCCGGAAAAUAUCAAACUUCCAUUGGGCAUGAAUUUGCCGGAUACAAUGAAGCAGAAUGCUGUGAUAGAGCGUACAGCAACAUUUGUCGUUGCCCAAGGUCCUCAGAUGGAAAUAGUUAUCAAAGCAAAACAACGUGGAAAUCAGGAUCAGUUUGGUUUUCUGGAAUUUGAUCAUCCUUUGAAUGCUUAUUACAAAUAUAUCUCAAAACUGAUACGAGAAAAGAAGUAUACACCAAAAUCACAUGUUCCAAAGCGUCGUCCGAAAUUGAAAAAAUUACAACGUUUGGAAGAAGAAAAGCGACUGUUAGAGGAGCAACAGAAACAAAAAGAGGACGUAAAUAUUGGUUCUAAUUCUGAUAGCGAUUCGGGAUCUGAUAUCAGUGGAAAUUAUCUUCAUCCUUUGCUAAUGGGAGGAGCACGGAAAACCGAAUCCAGAAGUAGUUCUCCGGUAAUUGGUCCAAAAACAAAGGAAGAAAAUGACGUUGCUACCAAGAAACAGUUGCAAGUUGGAAAUGAUUACAAAUUGGGAAAGGCUGACGACAUGUAUUCUUCGCUCUUUAAGAAUCUCUCUGAUUUAGUUGUCACACAGACUAAAGCAACACAAGUUGCUGGAAGUAAAGAUGAAACUAUAGAAAAAACAAAAGAUUUGGAAAAAGGCGAUUACUAUGAAUGGUAUCUGAGUUUCUAUGGAGAACCACCACCAAGCAAUGAACAGCCGAGUGUGAUACCGCCACCACCUGACAUUAUGCCUACCGUCAAUAGCGCUGCUGAAUAUGUUGCCAGAUACGGAAUUCAAGCCGAACAAAUUUUAAUAGGGCGACAUGACCUUAACAUUGGAUUUUUGUGUGCUGACGGUCCUUAUUAUGGUUAUUAUCAUUCGCGUAUUCGAUAUUAUCAAAAGAUGCAUGCUUCCUACAUGCAGUCUCAAAAGAUGACGGGAGAUGCAGAAACAGAAGAAUGGAACACAGCGAAACAAGACAUAGAUAUUUCAGAAGGGUGUGAUGUGGAACAAUCCUGUAAAAGUGACAGUGACAUCAGUGAACAAUCGAACAAACCAUUUUCUGACUUACUGCAAGCACCUCCUCCUCCACCACCUUUUAUGAAUCGGAAAAUGCGUCGUCGAGGUUUCCAUGAUCCACCUCGUACACCUGAACCAACUGUGCAAAAUGUUGCUGAAGUUGGAGUAAUCGACUUUGAUGUCCAGCUAAAUGAAGUGCAGUCACUGCCAGCACUUUUGGAUAAUCCUGAGGAGCGAGAAGAAAGUUCAAACUCGUCAAUGAGAAAAACAGCAACGGGUCCAAUAUCUUUUUCGUUGAAUGUUCAAAAAGCAGAUGAUAAAAAAAUUCCAAAAAUAGCAAGCGCGGUUAAAUUUGAAGCAUAUGAUGACGAAAAUGGUGGAACAGAAGCGAUUGAUGUCCCACCUGGUGUUCUUAAUAACAUUCCUCCGCCAGGUUUAACAAUACCGCCACCUCCAGUUGCUCCAGUUCCUCUUUCCUCCGGGCAGCUUGCGGUAGAAGGUUCUGUUGAACUUCAGUCAGAACGAAAGCUAAAGGCACGCCUUUUUAUGGAGAAAAUUCUGAACGAGAAACGGGCUGCAAAAUUGAGAGCUCAAAAUGAGGAACAACUGAAACGUGAAAGCGAACUUUUAAAAAAGUACGAGGAAGCACGUGCUAGUUCAACUUCGUCGAUCGCCACAAAGUCGAAAAAUAAACGCGAUAUGAGUGAUGUGGAAGUGGUCUUUUCAACUUCCGCGAUUGAUCAACUAAUUAAUUCGCGAAUCGACAAAGUAAUCAGCGAAACGUUUAAAGAAAAGAAAGAUUCUAAACAUUCAAAAAGUCAUCAUCACAAAAAAGAAAAAAGGAAGAAGCAAGAAGGAAAACACGAUGAUAAUCGAUUAUUGGAUGAGUGUGGCAGUAAAUCAGGCAAACGCCAUAGGAGAUCGCGUGAGAGUUCUAGUUCGUCUGAGCGAAAAGUCUCAAAAAGAAAAAAAAAGAAGAAACGAAAACAUCGAUCUCGUGGUAGCGCCGAUGAAAGCAGAUGA